AUUACAGUUCCUGUUACCACAAGGGAUUUGAUAAAAGUGCCUAUAUUUGUCUAUCCCAAUUUGUAGUUUACUGAUAAAUAUUUGAAAAAUGAGCCUGUGCUAGAAAAUCUGCAAUGUUCUCCAUGUAUAGAGUUCUCACCAGGCCUCGGUCAAAAUUUCCCUACUCAUUUUACAGACUAGAAAAGCGGACAAAGAUAUGAGUGGACAGGCUGUGACUGAGCUUCGUAGGAACCAGAAGAACCAGGGACACAGUGAGGGACAGACUAUGAGAAGCUGGAAAUAUAACUGAAAGGUGGCUUUAAAAAACCAAUAUAAUUUGUCCGUAGCAAGUAACAGUUUACAUGAAUAAGCCCACUUAUCUUCAUGGUAACUCUGUUGAGGUCUCUAUUUCUGAUUUUCCUAAAAACCUGGGACUCAAAGAUCUGGUGGUGUCUGACUCUAAGGCAGGACCCUUCACCAUUGACAAUAUAUCAAUAGUAAUGGGCUGAUUUCUUAACCUUUACUCAGUUCCUGCAUCUACAGAAGGCUCAGAGUUCUUCAAGUCCAGGCCAGUCAACUAUUGUUUAUCUUCCACCAUUGUUAGGCUUAUGUUGUUUUUUGACUCAGAUAAUGGAUGCAAAUAAAAGAGGAUUGUGACAGUUUAAAAGAGAAUUUUUCAUUCUAUUUAGAAGGUAUAAAGCAAAAAUAAAGGAUCCCAUAGGAAGGUGCACAAAGACUUUGGUUUUAGAUGACUUCAGACUAGAUGGCUCUGCAUGGUCCUGAGAGGUCAGCUUGCCCAAAGAUGUACCUUUCUGGGAAAUGCUUCGUGUUCCACAGCAUCUUGAAGAUGCCCCUUCUUGGACGAAGAGUCUAGUUUGGGAAGGAAACAGACUGGCAUAGCAGGCUAAGACUGGCUAUUGUAAAGAGAGCAGCCAAACGCCAGGAUGGCGGCUAAGGCCAUCGGGACAGACAUUUAGGGGAUUUGGGGCAGUCCACUGUGGAAUUUUCCAACAGGGAAGAGGUAGAUAUUACUUUUUCUUCUUUUUAAAAUGGUGUGCUUAGACUCCACUGUCAGGGCUGAGCAUUAGACAGAGAGAGCAAGUGAAAGGCAUUGGGCGAAGGCCUAGAAUACUGCCCAGGUUUAGGGGACUGGUUUCUGUAAUCUGAAGGCUGGUCCAGGGAAUCCCUGCAGGAAUUCCACAUCCUUACCGAAUUUUGUGAGACAGGGCAGAGCUUGAGUGUGGCUUUGGCGAGCCAUGUCACCCACGUUUACUUUGCACCUUGUUGGAAUAGGAAGAAAAGGAAAUAAUCUUUAACUUUUCCUUUCCGCUGUUUUAAGCCUCGAGGCAAUGCCCGGUGCUAGGGACCAGUGGGACCGGCCCGACUCUGGUUCUUUCCCUCUCAGCCUGGCGCGGCCGGGAUGCGGAGGCGCCAACGCCGGCGAAAGGGCGCUGGCGGGCCCUGGCCCCGCGCUCGCGGCUCCCUGGGGAAGCCGGUUGCCAGGUUGGGUUAACGCCUUCGCCUGCAAGCAGAUUGUCAGCGGCUGAAGGCGCCACCUCUGGCGCUCAGGCGCGAGCCGCCCCUCCCGCGCGAUCCUCUGAGCCUCCCUUUCCUCCCCCUCUCUCUGCUCCUCCAGGCCACAUGCCUUCCGCGACUCCAGACGGACUUCGGAGCCAGCAGGCAGAGGGAGCGCAGGGUGUGGGCGACCUUCCCAGCCAGGGCCGCCGCCUCUGCAGGGAGACAGGAUGCAGGCGGGCGGGGGCAGCGCGGCGGGACGCCGGGCCUUCGACAGCAUCUGUCCCAACAGGAUGCUCCAGCUGCCGGGCCGGCCCCUGGGCGCGCAGGGCAAGCAGGAGAGGAAGUUCGCUCCUCCGCGGAAGUUUUUUUCUGGAUGUGGCGUCAGCAGCACGGUGUCGGUGUACGAGGAUCCCUCGGACGCGGAUCCCCCUGAGCUGCCAGCCCUCACCACUAUAGACCUGCAGGACCUCGCGGACUGCUCCUCGCUCCUCCGGCCCGACGCGCCGCCUAUUGGUGACCCGGCCACCUCCCAGGAUCAUUCCUUGCAGACAGACGCAGACUUCGAUCUGCAGAAUUUCAGAGACACAGUGGAUGAUCUCAUCGCAGACUCAUCCUCUUUGAUGUCACCUCCCCUGGUCGACAGUGACUUCCCCUUCUCUCCUUGUGAUGACGACAUAUCGCCUUUUGAUCCCGGCUUCUCCCCUCCACCGUUAGACCCGCAGACCCUGCAGUCGCCACCACUAUGCCCUCCAGAGGAGCCACCUCUGCCUCUGGAGCAGUACUGGAAGGAGGUGGCCGACCAGAAUCAGAGGGCGCUGGGGGACGCUCUCGUGGAGAAUAACCAACUGCACGUGACACUAACCCAGAAACAGGAGGAGAUUGCCUCGCUGAAGGAGCGGAAUGUGCAGCUCAAAGAACUCGCCAGCCGGACCCGGCACCUGGCCUCGGUGCUGGAUAAGCUGAUGAUCACACAGUCCCGGGAUUUUGGGGCAGCAGCAGAAACCUUAAUGCUCAAGGCGACAGCCAAAAGGAGCCUCGAGGAGCUGGUCAGUGUAGCAGGCCAGGAUUGUGCUGAAGUGGACGCCAUUCUAAGUGAGAUUUCCCAACGCUGCGAUGAAGCCCUGCAGAACCGGGAUCCCAAGCGGCCCCGGAUGCAGCUGGAGCCCGGGGGCGCUGAUUGCAGGCCCCAGAACCUGCACGGAGCCUUCCGGGGACUGCGCACCGAUUGCAGCCUCAGCGCCUCGAAUCUGAGUCCCAACGAACUGGAGGAAGGCGGCUCCUUCAGCACCCCCAUCCGUAGCCACAGCACCAUUCGAACCCUUGCCUUUCCCCAGGGCAACGCCUUCACCAUCCGGACAGCCAGUGGAGGUUACAAAUUCCGCUGGGUCCCCAGUUGAGCUGGGAUGUGGUCCCCUAAACCACUGCCCUGUAUCCCAAGUGAGGCGCUCAGAUCCAGAGUGCAGAGCGCAUAGAACUGUUCCCCAAAUCUGGCCUUUCACAACUCUUUCUGCACCUGAAUGCCACCCAGAAACUUACUUGUUUUUUCUUCAGGAACAGGAGCAUCGUGAUAAUGAUGCACUGUAAAGUCCUGCUAUGUAACAUUGUGUAGCUCUUCCUCUUUUCACAAUGGAACUGUGUGUAUGUAUAUAGGUACAUAUCUAGUGUGUGUGUAUACACACAUACAUCAACUUUUAAAAUAUUUCUAGCAGCUUUGAAUUAUGUAGAUCAAGAAGGGACCUGUGGGGGUCAGGGGUUUAGCUCAGCAGCAUAACUGCCUGCUUGGCAAAUGCAAAGUCAUGAGUUCAAUCCCUGGUCAAAAAACAAAAACAAAAAAGGAACCCAGAAAUGAAUUAGCUACUUUAAAACUAUAUAAUGCCAUAAUUUUGUAAGAAGGAAAGGGGGAAUCUGAGAAGUUUAAUUUUCCACUACUGAAGCCUAUUGGAAAUCUUCCCAUCACUAGUCCUUUGAGGAUUCUAAGCCCAGAAGCAGCCUAACCUCUUGGUGUUUUUAUCUGUCACCACUCAACUUCCCUCAGUCCUAGAAGAACAGGUAAUUUUAUUACUAUACAAAACUUUUAUUUCAGCUGCCAGAAAAUAAAAAUUAGGUAAGGUGGCCUAAAGCAAUUGCCUUAGGAAAAUGCAGAUUCUCAGAAGCCACAGAUUAUUAAAACAGGUGCUAAGCACUUUUGUUUGUAAUCAUCAGUCAUAUAAUUUUGUAAGAUUUGUGGUCAAUAUUUAUAUACACACAUAUACAUUGCAUAAUAGUAUUUAAUUUUUUAAUGUGUACAUUUUAAGAUUUAUGGGCAAUGUUUAUAAAUACAUGGCAUAUUUUAUAUUAUAUAAAUAUGUAAUUUAAUAAAAUACAAUGUGAAAUUUAUGGUCAGUGUUUAUGAUUAAAAUAUAUGUAAACAUUGACCAUAAAUCUUACAAAACAUGUAUGUAUCUGUGUGUGUGUGUGUGUGUGUGUGUGUGUGUGUGUAAUAUAUGCAUAGUUUGAUUUGUGGACAUAGAAUAACUACCCUCAAAGCAAACUUUUUGAAAUAAGAAAAAUGAAUUGUUUUAAGAAACUGGCACGUACCACAUGAAACAAUAUUGUCUCUCCCUUUUUGUUUUUAGAAACCAAAUGUGAAAAUCUUAGUAAAAGCAAACUAUUUGAAUUCUAUACAUAAAACUGAGAUGUGGAUGAUGUAUUACAUUACUUGACUUGAUCUUCAAAGGAAAUCUUACAUAUUACACAGUCCCUUUCUGGUGACUUUUCUUCUACUCCUUUUGUCUGGAGUUCCUUUUUUCACUAUGUUCUGACAUUAUACGAAUGGCAUUUGUCAAUUAAUGAUUUGUCCUAACCGCCACGAUUCUUAACCUGAAGGCUACUUCUUGCAUUUAGGGUGUCAGCUUGGGCAAAUUUCCAACUGCUUUACACCCCACUGCAUUGCUGGUUCUACCAUCUGAGUGGAUAUAUCAGGUAACAGGUGAGCUGGGUAGAGUAGCAGAACCUGUUACUCCAGUUUGUCUAUGUACUGUUAUCUGUAUUUAAAUAGCCAUUUAGGAAAAAAAAUUAUAAAACAGACCACAUUUCCUCAUAUUUUGUCUAAUAAAAGGACCAAACCAUAUAGCAGAUCAGAAUUUUUUCCAUCAGCUUAAAGUUACCACAGCUCAGGAUUAGAAAAAACAGAAAAUGAAAACAGACAAGCAAAACUCUACCCUGUCUUGAAAAAUAGUGGCCUUAUCAAAAGCCUUUGCUUCCCAUUCCUCAAUUAGUAUUCUCAUAAUGAAUUAGUUAAAUAACCACAAAGUUUAAAAUGUAUUUAUAAGUUUUUUUCUCUAUAUCUUAUGCUUCAGUUUAAACAAAUUGCCUUUCACCUUAUAGCUCUAUGAUUUUUAUGUUCGUAAUCAACAAUUUAGUAACUUUCAUUUCUUGGGAGGAGAAAGCUGUUUUGAAUUAAUGACACCAAAACCAGUAUACAUUAGGCAGCAGUAGUAAAGUUAAAAAAUAUUCUGUUUAUUCAUUCAACUGAUUUUUACUGAAUGUUACUGAAAAUCUCAGUAUACAGAUGCUAAGAAAACAGUGAAAGAUCAAAACACAUAGUUUCUUUUGGAAAGAACUAAGUACUAAGCAAGUACACAAGUACUAAGAAGAAAAUGAAGAGUGAAGGUAAUGUCUUAGUCAGCUUGAGCUGCUAUAACAAAAUAGACUGGUAGUUUAAGCAACACAUAGUUAUUUCUAAUAGUUUUUGAGGCCAAAAACCAAGAGCAAGGUGCUGGCUAACGAGGUUCAUCUUUCUGGUCUGCAGAUGACCACUUUCUUGCUGGAUACACAGCUGAGACACAGAUAAUUUUAGCCUUCCUAUUAGGGCACUAACCCCAUUAUGGUGUUUCUACACUUAUGGUUUCUUCUAAACUUAAUUACUUUGAAAAGGCUCCACCUCCAAAUAACAUCAUAUUGAGAGUUAGGACUUCAACACAUAGAAUUGGGGACACAAACAUCCAAUUUGUAGCAGAUAGAUAAUUUAUUGUAGGGGAUGGUAUUUUAGAUAGGGUGAUAUAGUUAGGCAAGCAUUCUCUGGCAAGGUGACAUUUGAGCAAAGACCCGAAGAAGUUUGGGAAUAAGUCUUAUGGAUAUCUGAGCAAGUAGUGCGCCAGGUACAAGGAGUAUAAAGGGAGUGAAAGGUUGCCUGAUUUAGUGAACAGCAAGAAAACUGGUGUGAUGAGCUGAAUGAAGGGUAGGAAGAUGGGAGACAUUGAGGGAAGCAUUAGCAGGACCCUUUUAGGCUCUGUUGCGUACUUUGGCUUUGUAAUAAACUUUGGGAAGUAAUUAAAGUAUUAGGGUUACAUGACUCCAUUUAAUUAUUAUUGAUAUUAUCAUUACAUUUUUAUUGCUGGGGAUUGGACCAGGACCUUUUGCAUGCUAAGCAAGUGCUCUACCACUGAGCUACAUGGUCAUACUUUAAUUUUAUGUGAAGUAAUCUGGUUUCUUUGGGAAAACUGUAAUAGGGGAGACAUAAAGAAGCAAGGGUGGAAGCAGAGAAACCCAUGUGGAGACUGUCAGAUGAUUUGGUAAUUAAAAUUCAGAAAUUCUGCCAGGGGUUUAACUCAAUGGCAUAAGCACCUGCCUGGCAAGCGCAAAGUCAUCAGUUUGAUUCCUGGUACCAAAACAAACAAACAAAAAAUUCAGAAAUUUUAACAGAGUGGUCAUAGCAGGCAGAAUAAUCAGAAUAAUGUACCUCCCAUUCCUUGCCAAACAAAUCAAGGUUCUCAUCUCCAUGAAUUUUACUUGGCAAGAGGGAAUUGCCCAGGUAGCAGAUGAAAUUAAAGCUGCUAAUUAGCUGACCUUAAACAUAUGAAGAUUAUUCUGGAUUUCUGGGUGCAUCUAACAUAAAAGUGUCCUUAAAUAUGAGAAGAUGGUGGAAGGGAGGUCAGAGCAAUGUAAGGUGAUAACAACUUGAGAGGGUAAUUAGGCAUAGAAUGUGGUGGCCUCUAGAAGCUAGUCAAAACCAGAAAAUUGAGCCUCCAGAUACAGGUCUGUCAACAUCUUAGUUUAACAUAAUAAGACCCACUGCUGACUUCUGAAUUAGAAAGCCAUAAUAUAUGUUAGUCGUUUGAAGUCACUUGGUUUGUGGUAAUUUGUUUCAACAAUGUUAGAAGUGGCUACUGCAUUGGAGAUGGAAAUAGUGAGAAGUGGUCAGGUUCUAUACAUAUGUUGGAAGUAGAGUGUUUGGGACACUGAUGGUUUCCUGACUAUGGAGUAAGAGAGAAGAGUCAGAUUUUUGAAAGAAUGGUAAUAUUCAGUAAGUUGGGGAAGACAGUUGGAGAGGAUUCCAUGAAACUAAGAGUUUAUGAACUUUGAAUUAAUUGAUGUUGAAUGUGCUAUAUAUUUGUCUGAAGCUUAUGGUAAAGGUUGGGGUAGGAUAAAUCAGUCUGGGUAUGGCAUUUAAGGUUAUAGGACAUGAUUAGAUCACCCAUGGAAUGAUUCUAUCUGAAGAAGUCUUGGGUCUCAAUACUGGUACUCCUGCAGUGAUGACAAAUUCUCUCAGGAGGGAAGGGAAAGGAAAGGAAAAAAGAAAUUAAAAUGUGUUACAUAUAUACUAACCACAUAAGGAAUAUAAACAUUAUGUAGUAUAAACAUGUACUAAUGAAAACUAUUCUAAAAGAAAAUCUUCCCUCUCUGAUUGGACCCAGAAUCUUAAACAUGCUAGACGAGUACUGUAUCACUAAGCUAUACCUCAAGUCCUCUUAAAAUUUUAUUUUGAGAUAGUAUCUGGUUAAUUUGUGUAGGCUGGCUAAAAACUUGUGAUCUUCCUGCCUCAACCUCUUUGUAGUUGAGAUUAUAGGCAUGUGUCAUGUGCCUCCUUGCUAGGCCUAAAGAAGAAUUUUCUGUUCAAAUAAUCAGCAGACAUGUGAAACAUUUAUCAGUAAGUGUCAUCUUCAUCUAAAGAGAUUUUUUUCUAGUUAUAGUAAUAGUCCUUCAAAGUAAUCCAAUGAAAUAAGUAUUUUCUAUUUGAAGGGGAGUGGUAGAAUAGAAAGGAAUUUGAAACUGACAAAGACAUUACACAUAUUGUCUAUCUAUUUAGAUAGCCCAUUCAUCUUCAGAAACCCAGCCAAGUACAGUCGUGGUUUCUGCUUUCAGUACUGUUUAAAAAGAAGACGAGAUGACAUUUUCCUCUUAGGAUGUCUAAGAUUUUACUAGAUAAAAUAAAUGCCCUGCUAUAGAUGCCCCUAUUUUUAGGCCCUUGCCUUGGCUUGGUUAAUUUUAUUGAAUCUCAGAUAAACAUUUUGAAAAGUCUAGCAAAAGUUUUCAAAAAUGUAUCUUAGAAAUCAAAUUCAAAAACCUCAUCAACAAGGAUAGCAUACAGGCCAAACCUGGAAAAUGCAAGCAUUAUAUAUGGUUGAUUUUUCCAUGAGAAAACAAUUUACUUAAGAGAAACAAGGAAAUAAUUAUUGUGCACAAUAAUAUGGAAUUUAUAGACUGUUUCUGUCACUGUUAUUAGAGUAGAAAAGCAAUAUUCUCUGAAAAACCCCAGUAGACUUCCUUUCACGUCACUUGAGUCACAUAUCCUAUAAGGAAGGCCUAAAAGUGUGGAGACCACUAGGAUGGCUAAGCUUUGAAAGAAGAACAGUUGUCUCCAUUUGGGCUAAGCCUGGCCCCAUUUCUGUGUAUUGAUAUGUACAGAGCUGGCUAGGAUAUUUCUUAAUCCUCUCAUUGCAAAUGGCUCUAGGGGGAGGUGCUGAUAUGUAGUCUUUAAAACAAUGCCACAGGUCAGUGAUGCCCUGCCUGUAGCUCCCAAGUAGUAUGCAUGAACUAGGCUAUGUAGCUGGCUGAGACUGAGGAUUGAGAAAGAAUCUAUGACAUCUCAGAGAGUGAAGAUUAUACAUCAAAGCUGGAGCACUAACUCCAAAACAUUAGAUAUUCCCUCAAACUGUGUUAUGCAGAUUACUCUUUCUGCAUGUAUCUCUUUCUCUGCAAAUUUUAGAGGUGCUAUAAGGCCUCUUAUUUAGCCCAGCUCACAGCACUCGUGUAUGUACUUACUUAGGUACUUCCCACCUUCUCUCAUUUAUUCAUCCCUGAGCUACUCCCCUCUUCACAAAUUAAAAAAACUCAGGUUUGGCCCUGGGUUGAGGCCUUUAUUAUAGUUAGCCAUUAUUCUAACUAGACUUAGAAGCCCCUUGAUUCCCCACAACUGCAAAUAUGCUUUGGUGUUUUUAUUCUUGUUGUGGAUUGCACUGGAAGUGGUAGAUUAAAAUUACUUAUUGGAAUUCCAAUAACUAUUCCGUGGGAUUACAAGUAUAAACUCCACUGGACUAUGAGGAGGUCCAGGAGGGGCUAUCCUAGAAGGAAGUAUAACAAAGUAACAAUAAGUAAAUAAACGCACUAUCCAAACAUACUACUAUGAACAUUUUGCAUUAUUUUCUUUCAGAAAAUUUUUACGCGUAUAUGUGUUUAAAAUUGGGUCCUUUAUUAGUGAAUAGCAAUAGUUGGCCAUUUUAUAGUGAUGGUCAAGGAUUCUGGAGUCACAUGGAAAUUAUUGGACUCCUAUCCUGGUAUGAGUGAGGAAGGCCAGCAGGGUGACUUGGACCUGUAAGUAGGCUUCUUCAUUCUUCAACUUUAGGAAUGGAAUAAUAAAGAGAAUGAGUGGGGCUGGGGGUUUAGCUCAGCGGCAUAAGCACCUGCCUUGCAAGCAGGCGGUCGUGAGUUCGAUCCCCGGUACCGAUAAAAAAUGAAAAAGACAAAAAAAGAGAAUGAGUGAGGUAGUAUACAGCAUAUAUUUGACACAACACUUGUUAUUUGGUACUCUAUAUACAUGUCUGUUUGUAAAAUUAGUUUUCUAUUGCUGCUAUAACAAAUUCAGUGUAGAGACUUAACACAAACUUAGCUUGGCACGAUGGUGCACACCUAUAAUCCCAGAUAAUAGGGAGACUGAAUAAGGGGAUUGUAAAUUCAAAGCAACAUAGUGAGACUAGACAACAUAGUAAGACUAUAUUAAAAUAAGACAAAACAAAACAAAGUUAAAACAGGUAUGGGGAUAUAACCCAGGAGUACAGUGCUUGCCUAGUAAGCAUGGAAACUUACAUUCAGUCCUCAGUACUGCAAAAACCAAACAGUGACAACAACAAAAAAACCCAAACAAAACAACAACUACCACCACCACCACACAACAUGCAUGUAUUGCCUCAUAAUUCUGUAUAUCAGAAUGAAAUAGGAGACUAGGGCUUGGCAACAUGCUGGAGCAAUUGGGCAUGACCUGCAAAUUGAAGAGAGUUGUACUUAUGGACAAAGAGAUUCUGAGCAUGACACAAGAUCAAGCUGAACCCUACACCCAACACCAAUCUUCUGAAAUGACAGCACGCUGAGUGUGGCACCUGAUAUCAAAUAAGAUAUAAAAGAUGGCAGCAGUUAACUUUGUGCCACUGCCCUCUUGUUCUUUCAGUGGUCCAUUCUGCUUGAAGGAUGUAUUUUUUCUUUUUCCUUCAAAGCAUUCCUUUUACCUGAGCACUUUUUCUGCAGUUAUUUUCCUUCUCAUUUUUGCAUUAAAAUAAAUAGGAAUCUUUUUCUUGCAUUUGUAGGAUCAAAGUCCUUGUCUCUUUGCUUGUGUAAACAAUGACUUAUUUUUGCUCCUAAAGGCAUCACUUUGGUCCUUGUACAUGGGCUUCUACAUUUAAGACUAGCAAUGAUGUAUUGAAUUGAAUUUAGACUUGGACUCUUUUGAUUUCAUCUUCUGCUAUAUCUCUUUUGCCUCAAACUGCAGAAAAGUGCUCAGAAGCUAAAAAUAUAGGCAAGAGUUAAUUGUUAAAUGUGUAUACAUGGUCACUUGGAAAGCGAAAAAAAUACCUUUCCUGAAAGUUAUCUUCUGAAGCUUAUUUGUCAAAUGGAGAAACUCUGAAAAGCAGUAUCUUAGUUUAUUUUCCAUUUCUGUAACAAAAUACCAAAUGCUGAGUACAUUUCAAGGAAGGAAGUUUAUUGAUUGAGCUCAAUUUUAUAGGGGCCAAACAGCAUGGAAGCAAUAUCUGCUGGCACUCUGAGGUUCUUACGGCUUCACUGCAGCAUGGCAGAUGCUGUCAUGGUGGGAGUACAAAAGAGAAGGUCAGAUAAAAGGGUGAGAGAAGACACCAAAGAGUGGAGAGAGGCUGGGAUUCUUCUUUUAAAAAAAUACUUCUCAUGGAAAUUAACUGGGGUCUUACAAGAACUACUUCACACCCUUCUGAGGGAAGCACUUCCAGUGACCUAAUUACCUUGCACUAAGCCCCACCUCUUUUAUUUUUUAAAUUUUAAAGAGACUAAAACAAAACAAAGUAAUAUAAUGAAACAAAACGAAACAAUGAGAACAAUAUUGGAUUUCAAAAAUGAGACAGAAAAUCAACAAUAGUUACUGCAUUGCUCUUUGUUAUCCUCUAAGUAGUUGCUCAGACUACCAGAUACAAGUAUGCGGAGUUAAACAAUAAAAGCACUAAGUUGUUUCUACUUCAGUUGCUAUCAUUUCAGAAAUUUCAGGUGUGUGACUCCUAAUCUCUUUUGUGUCUAUGUCUUAUGGGCUUGCUCUGCACGGGCUCUAGGUCUGAGAUUGCACCCUGCUCCUUUGUCUUGACAUUUUCCUGUGUUCCUCCAAGUCAGGUGGUUACUGAGUUCAGGGCUCUUCCUGCACUGACUGCCCAUCCCGCAGUGCAGGGGAUUGGGCUAGGCACCUGGGUUCAUCCGGUCCUGAGGUUUCCAGGGUGGUAGAUAGGGGUGGGACAGCAGUUCACGGAUGCACCCCUGAUGGCAGUGAGGCCUCGAGGACAUGUCUUCUGCUGUGGGCAAGGCCAGGACUGGGGGGGGGGGGCAAGCCCUACCUCUUAAAAGUUGCAUCACUUUAACACUGCCACACUGGGGACCAAGCCUCCAACAUAUGAGCCCUGGAAUGGACAAAAUAUAGCAAGCAAAUUUAUUAGUAAGUUCUGGGGGAUAGUCAUAACAGUUUCUUAGAACUAAUAGGAAACUGUGGGGAGGAAAUAAAAUCUAAUUCUUAAUCCUGAAUUGAUUUCAUUGUGUUAAGCUUCCUCAGCGUGAAUUCAGAAAGGAAAUUCACUGGAGUCCUGGAGGCUAUUGAUGGUGAUGCUGCUAUACCAAGGUUUCAUUGUGGGAAAAAUUCACUGAGCAGAGGAGAAAGAAUUUCAUACACAUCACACUGUCUAGGACUCUGACCAAGCUAAAUUUGUAUUAUCUUACCACUGGCCUAUUACAAAGUGCUAAAUGAUUGACCUUUUCAAAAACUUGUUUGACUAGCAGGGUUUUUGUUUCCAUCCUAAGUACAUAAAAGAUAUUGCUCUGAAAAGUUUCAUUCUCAUAUUUAUUCCUAUUGUUAAUCUCAUGGUCUCAUAUAUGAAGUAAAUUUAGCUUCACUUAUUCGUUGAGGACUUCUGUAUUCUUUUUCCCAUCUAAUUGUUUACCUCUUAUUGGCACUUACAUCCAAAAUUAAUCCAAGAACAUUUGUAAUGGAAAUUUAUAUAAAAUAGGACAGUUAAAAUUGAAUACCAUUAAAUGUAAGGAAAUCAGUACAAGGCAGUAAUCUGCUUUGAUUUAGUCAUUCCUAAAUGUAAAGAUAUGUAUUCUUUCUUUUAGGCAAAGAGCUAUUCAAACUUGGAUAGCUAACAACUAUUUUCAGUAUUUACUUUCAACUGCUUAAAAUCAUAGGUAAAUCAGACAUGGCAAUUACUUACACUUAUUUAUGCUGUACUAGGAAAAGAAACUCUGUAGAUUUACUUAGGAUUUAUAUGAGCAGCCAAGUAAUAAUUAGAAACUGCUCUUAGUUGUAGGAUGUGGAAAUUUCAAUUAUUUCUAAGCCAUGCCAUGGUUUAAAGUAAAUAGAGGUGAAAAACAUGUUCUGCAAGUGGUAACAAUAGUUCUGAGUGCUUGCAUAAGAUUAUGCCUAACUUCCAAAGCUUCAGGAUUUGUGUUACCUUUAUUCCUUUAAAGUGGAAUUUCCUAAUGUAGGCAACAACUCUUGGUGUUGCUUUAAAAUGCGUAAUGAGUCCCUCUUUUCUGGGAACAGACUGAAACAGAGUAAGUAGUUUGGUUUGGUUUGGUUUAAGUUUGUCAUUGCCCUUUUCCGACCCCCAACCCUCAUCAUCUGCAUCACUACCGAUAGUUUAAGGAACCUGGAGAUUUUCUUCACCAUAUUUCUUGAGGAAUAAUUCACCCAUUUAAAGCACAUAAUUCAGUGUUUUUAGUAUACUCAUAAGGCUUUGCAAACAUUUCCACAAUUUAAUUUUAGGAUUAAAAGAAAUCUUGUGCCUAUUAAUAGUCCCUUGUUAUUCUCGUUCCCAAUCCACCAGCUCUAGACAACCACUAAUUUGUUUUCUGUCUCUAUAGAUUUGACUAUUUUUGACAUGUAAUAAAAAUGAAACCAUAUAAUAUGAGGUCUUUUGAGUCUGACUUCUUUCACUUAUAUUUUAAAGAGUCAUGUAUGUUGCAGCACACAUCAGUAUUUCAUUUCUUCUUACUGGCAAAUAAUGCUGUUAUAUGACAAACAAUAUUCCAUUUUAUCUGUCUCUUCAGUUGAUGAGCGCUUGAGUUGUUUCCAACAUUGGGCUAAUAAUGGUGCUGUAGAAUGUAUACUAAAAUACAAUGUUUUGUUAGAUAUAUAUUUUUCUUUAUUUUAGGUAUAUCUAGGAAUGAAAUUUCUGGAUCAUAUAAUAACUGUGUUUAACAUUUUGAGGAACUACCAAACUGUUUUCCAAAGCAGUUGAUCAUUUAAUAUUUCCACCAACAGUACAUGAAAAUUCCAAUUUCUCUACAUCUUUUACAAUGCUUAUUGUCUGUUUGUUUAAUAAUAGUCAUACCAGUAGAUGCAAAACAGUAUCUGUUUUGGUUUUAAUGUCUAUUUCCCUAACGACUAGUGAUGUUGAAUAUCUUUCUGGUCCUUUGAUCAUUUGCAUAUCUUUGGAGAAAAGACUCUUCAAACUCCUUUGUCAUUUUAAAAUUAGAUUCUUUUUUUAUUACUGAAUUUAAAUUAUUCUUUAUAUAUUCUAGAUCUAAGUCUCUCAUUAGAUAUGUGACUUCUCCCUUGGAUGGUUUGUCGUUUUUUAUCUUCUUGGGUGAUAUAAUGUAUUGCAAAAAUGUUGUACUUGUGUUUUUGAUCUUAUAAUUAAGAAACGAUUGCCUAAAUGAAAGUCACAAAUAUUUACUUCUCUGUUUACUUGUAAGAGUUUUAUAGUUUUACCUGUUAUUGUGGGCAUAUGCUACAUUUUAAUUCUUUUACAUACUGUAUAAAAGGUCCAAUUUUGUUCCUUUAGUGGAUAUCCAGUUUAUGCCAGUAUUAUGUGCUGUAACUAUUCCUUUCUCCACUGAAUUUUUAGCACUCUUGUUGAAAAUCUAUCGAACAUAUAUGAAAAUGUUAAUUUUAAGCUCAAUUCUAUUCCAUUGAUCUGUAUGUCUGCACUUAAAGUGGAACCAUGCUGUCUUUUUUUUUUUUAAUUUUAUUUAAGGAGAAAAAGAAAAAAAAAGCGGAGAAAGGGUACAAGUUGUACAGAUUUACAGAAAAAAAUAAACAGUAGGAAAUCACUAGUUAAUGGAUUACAUAUCUUAGAAAUAAUUGUUCAAGUUACAAAAUUAAAGCUUAUAAAGUGGACAUUCCAACAGUGAGACUGCAAACAGUUCUGUUCAAUGAUCCAACAAAACUCAGUAAUAUCAUUAUCUAUCUUAUACCCUUAAAUAUACAUGCAGUUAUUUCGUGUAGAGCACUUUCUUUUCCUCUCUUGUGUACAAUGACAAUUACACAUUUUGGGUUUUGUUGCUCCCACAGUUCUUAUUACUUUUUUGGAAGAGAGUAGAACCAAAUGUGACAGAUCAGAACAGAGUCAGUUAAAUCAAAAGGGUGGACAUAAUAGAUAAUGUAAAAGCAUAAUACAAGGUGAUCAACAAUGGUUACCAUAAUGCCUCCCACUAUCUCUAAUAUAAUUGCCUAUAUCAUCAGUUAUAAUAAAA